GUUACAUUAGCAAAGACAUUUUUAGCUUGUGUCAUAAUCAACCAGUAUUAUAAAUAAAAAAGGAAUACAAUUUCAAAAAUUUCAUCUUCUUUCCGACCUUAGUUCCGGUUGCAUCAUCACCGCUCUGGAGAAGGACGGAGGACGCCUUUGAUCACGGGUCCUGGAUAGGAGCUGACGGGACUUGACGACGGACCGCGAAGAUUCUAAUACCUAUUAAGGCUAUAAACAAAAUAUCUAUGGAAAUUACAAUAAAUCCUGUAUAAAAUGUGACAAUCACAUGACACCUGAUGCCACAAACAUAACCAAAACAAAAUCUAAGACUUCAGCUACGAACGAGAUUUACUUAGAACGAUUGAUAAUAAUAAUGUCUUAAUCUAAAAACUAUAUUAACUUGAAGUCUUAAUUAAAAAACCAAGGAUGCCUUUCAAGAAGGUGAUGCGAGGGGUGCCCUCUGACCAGCUUUACGCCGAAGGUCUGAUGGCUCAUGACUGGGAGGCGAUGACCGCUAACCAGAGGGCCUGCACUGCCCGACUGGGCAUCACUAUACAGCAAGAGCAGGAGGCCUACUUGAUAACCCACCCUGAGGUUCGCGCAAUGUUGGAAAUAUUUGUGGCGAAAAUGACACUUCAACACAAAAGAAGGGACAUCUUGAAGGAAGCCGCAGAACACUUCACGAGACCAGAUACUGAGCUGGAUGAAGAAAUCAGGGAGAGACUCAAACUACCGCCGGACGUGCCUUAUACUGCGCAAGACAAAGAACCUUACAAGUUCAAGGAUUUGGACCUGGAAGUAGACCUGAAGAACAUAAUUCUAGAGCACUACCCCCCGGAACCGUGGAGGGUGCCAACGCCAUCUAUAUCCACCCCGGACACUGUUUCAUCAUCGUUCUUAUCCAUCAUCACUUCUGAUACUACACUGCCGACGCCUGAACCCAUACCCACACCGGAGCCAACGCUAUCCGAGACUUUCCUAGGUUUAAUUUCGAACACUGUGGAUAAAGCAAUCUUCCUCCACGUCGACGACUACUCUCUACGAUAUGACACCGCCUACGUAGAACUGACGCGAGCUGUAGAAGAAGCUAUGGAAAUUCCAGUAAUUGAGAUAAAGGAAGAUAUAGCAGAGCUGUAUUACAACGCAUACAAAUUGUUCGAACUUGAUAUUAUGGAGAAGGAAAGGAUUGCUGCUGAAAUCGCUUGGGAAAAGAGGAUGAGAAAGAAACUGAAGAGGACACUAAGAAGACAGAAUAAUUUCAGAGGUUAUGAGACACCCCCAACCCCCAAAUCGCAGAUCUCAUCCCACGAGAGUUACAAGAAGCCCCCACAACGACCUUGCGCUUGCCACCAACAGCAUCACUAUAACCGAUAUCCUAAGGACCGUUUCGGCAUCUACCUCCCUCGCAGCAAGGAGUUUAGCGCCCAGAACGUGACGGUGACCCCGGCCAUCUCCAUGGAGAGCAUCGAGGAGUCGCCGAACCAGCAGCAGGAAGAGGACGCCAAGUCCAUGGUUAGCAGGAAGUCAGCAGUGUCCACUAAGAGCGGCAAGAAGGCACCCGUUGCCGAAUAAGAUUUUUGUGGUCAUCGUUAAAGAAAUGAGAUGUUAAUUUUAGAUU